UCAGGAGAGAGGAGACGGGAAACGGGGGGCGCGCGCAAGGAUCGAAAGCAGAAAAAAAAAUCAACGGGAGGGGAGCACCGUGAUGUAUUCGGGGUGGUCGUGAGCCCGAAAAAGACUGCAUUGAAGGUUCAAUAAAGGCACUGCUGCCCGAGAGGACGCGCAAAUAUCGCGGUACCGUGAGGUCGAAGCAAGGAGCUUAACACAGCGAAGCGCGAGCGAGCCGAGACGGGCUGGAAACGGAGCACCAAUCCCGGAUGGCUAGGCGCGGCUGCUCGCGCUCUCUCCCACCCUGACCCGGGACAGACACACAAGGACCGUGGGGAGGCUCCGGGGCUUCGCGUGAACCCAACUGGAGCCCGUUAACCUGCAUCCUUCCCCCUCCCCGUCCUCCUCCUAGACGUUUAUGUCCUGGCCUGUUUCCGCCGAUACGGUAAUCUUGUCUGGCGCACGGGACCGACCAUAAACAAACAAGGCAGGCGCUCGGGUGGGAGAGUCUUCAGCGAGCGACCUCUGAAGGGUGUGAGUCUGCGUUAUAUCUGCGUUUUGAAGCCCAUUAGUGACCCAUCAGCUGUGCUGUGAGUGUGUGUGUCUGCGCGUGUUUGUGUGUGUAUGUGUGGAUAACGCAGUGCUCUGAUAUGGCUGUACUAGACUGAGAGUCCAAGGAGCCAGCGGCAUUAUGGGAUGUAGCAGGACUGUGCAGUGACCCCGCUCAUUGGAAGGAAACACUCUGUGUACAGGAGCAGGAACAGGCAGACUAGCCUAAACACACACACACGCACACCCUCAUCCUUCUAUACACACACACACACAUCCCAGAAGCCUGCAGCCAUGCCUGUGUUCAGUGGCCUGUUGAAGGUGCGAGUGUGUGAGGCAGUGGACCUGAAGCCCACCCCAUGGGCCUUGCGUCAUGCUGUGGGGAAGAGCGGCUCCUUCCUGCUGGACCCCUACCUAGCCCUGAACCUGGACCAGACCCGGCUGGGACAGACAGCCACCAGGACCAAGACCAACAGCCCUGCCUGGCACCAAGAGUUCUGCACUGAGGUCCGUGAGGGAAGGAGUCUGGAGCUGUCUGUUUUCCAUGAUGCGCCCAUUGGAUAUGAUGACUUUGUGGCCAACUGCACCAUCCAGCUGGAGGACCUGCUGCAGAACGGAACCAGGCACUAUGAAGACUGGAUCGACUUGGAACCGGAGGGGAAGGUGUAUGUGGUCAUUGAUCUGUCUGGAUCCUCCACUGAGGCCUCAGGAACCAAUGACAAUGAGGAGCGAGUGUUUCGAGAGAGGAUCGGCCCUCGCCGGCGACAGGGCGCCGUCCGAAGACGUGUCCAUCAAGUCAACGGACACAAGUUCAUGGCCACCUACUUGAGACAACCAACCUACUGCUCACAUUGCAGAGAUUUUAUCUGGGGCGUACUGGGGAAGCAGGGAUACCAGUGUCAGGUGUGCACGUGUGUCGUCCACAAGCGCUGUCAUGAGCUCAUCAUAACCAAGUGUGCCGGGAUGAAGAAGCAGGAGGACACACCAGAGGAGGUGGGUUCACAGCGGUUCAGUGUUAAUAUGCCCCAUAAGUUCAGUAUCCACAACUACAAGGUCCCCACCUUCUGUGACCACUGUGGCUCCCUGCUCUGGGGCCUCAUGAGGCAGGGCCUGCAAUGCAAAGUGUGUAAGAUGAAUGUGCACAGGCGGUGCGAGACUAAUGUAGCUCCUAACUGUGGUGUGGAUGCCCGAGGAAUUGCUAAGGUCCUGUCUGACCUGGGAGUCACGCCUGACAAGAUCUCCAACACCGCACAACGCAGGAGGAAGUUGACUCCAGGGCAGGACCCUCCCCAGUCUCCUCCUGAGCUUUCUCAGACUGAGGACAACAGCUUCAGCCAGCCAGCUGUCCCCACCUCCCCCUCACAGCAGGACUUGGCAGAGUUAGAUCGCCUGCAGGACACGCUGUCACUCGACCAGCAGGGACCCCAACACUCCUCCUCCUCCUCCUCUUCCUCCUCCUCCACCACCUCCUCUUCCUCCUCGUCCUCCUCCUCGGCAGGCAGGGAGAACGGACAGAGCCAGAGGAGGAGCCUCAAGGACUUCAACUUCAUCAAGGUUCUCGGCAAAGGCAGCUUCGGGAAGGUGAUGUUGGCGGAGCUGAAGGGGACGGAGGAGGUUUACGCUGUCAAAGUUCUAAAGAAGGACGUGAUUCUGCAGGACGAUGACGUGGAUUGCACUAUGACCGAGAAGCGCAUCCUGGCCCUCGCCCGUCGACACCCCUACCUCACCCAGCUCUACUGCUGCUUCCAGACACGGGACCGUUUGUUCUUUGUCAUGGAAUACGUGAAUGGAGGAGACUUGAUGUUCCAGAUUCAGCGAUCCAGGAAGUUUGAUGAGCCUCGCUCUCGUUUCUACGCUGCUGAAGUCACCUCGGCCCUCAUGUUCCUGCACCGUAAUGGGGUCAUCUACAGGGAUCUGAAGCUGGAUAACAUCCUGCUGGACGCAGAGGGACACUGUAAGCUGGCAGACUUCGGCAUGUGCAAAGAGGGCAUCAUGAACGGAGUGACCACCACCACCUUCUGUGGCACGCCUGACUACAUCGCCCCUGAGAUCCUGCAGGAGCUGGAGUAUGGAGCCUCUGUGGACUGGUGGGCCCUGGGGGUGCUAAUGUAUGAAAUGAUGGCCGGUCAGCCUCCGUUCGAAGCUGAUAAUGAAGACGACUUGUUCGAGUCGAUUCUCCAUGACGACGUCCUCUACCCUGUGUGGCUCAGCAAAGAGGCCGUUUCUAUCCUUCGAGCGUUCAUGACCAAGAACCCGGCCAAGCGUCUGGGCUGUGUGGUGAGCCAGGGCUGUGAGGAGGCCAUCAAGACCCAUCCCUUCUUCAGAGAGAUCGACUGGGUCCUGCUGGAACAGAGAAAAGUCAAACCACCCUUUAAACCCCGAAUUAAAACCAAGCGAGAUGUGAAUAACUUUGACCAGGACUUCACUAAGGAGGACCCCGUGUUGACGCCCACGGACGAGGCCAUCAUCCGACAGAUUAACCAGGAGGAGUUCAAGGACUUCUCCUACUGCGCCCCCGAGGAGACACAGACCUAACACACACACACACACACAGUCACACACACACACACACACCGUCACACACACGUGCACACUGAUCCGACAAUAAUAAACCUUUCACGCACAUACACACACAUGCUGACACCCAUACAUUUGUGUAGAACCAUAAAUCCCUUUACAAAACACACACACACACACACGCACACACAUACACGCGCGGUCACUCCUUUACUUUGAAGCUAUUGGUUGUCGUUACUUUUGGAAUAUUCUUUACUUGCAUUGUGUUGUUCUUGUUGCCUGGGUUAUUAUGAAUAUGAAUAUAAAUAUGAAUAUGAAUAUAAACACCUGCAUAUGCUCUCACACACAUUCCCAUGUGCACACUUUAAACGCAGAUUCACACACACACACACACACACACUACAAUCCCAAGUUUUUACACGCUCUUGCAUACCUACAGGCUUGCCGUGUAAGCUCAGACAACCACACACACACACACACACAAACACACUCAAACAUACACACAUUUACACUGCUUCUCUCCCCAGCACCUGUAUACAUGUGGACUGUAGGUGCUGGGUGCAGAGGCCUGUAUAUAGCCUGUGUUGAGUGGCUGUAUCGUGUUGGUAUUGUCUGCUAGUACAGGAGAGUCGUGGCGCAUGGACAAGCACCCUACCUGUGUUAUUACUGUCCUCAUUGUGGACCAGUUAGGGCCAAAUACCCUUUGUGCAAUACCCUGACUAUCUAUAUAUUUUAUUUAGUUUGUUCAUGUGUAAUUUUUGUCUUUUUUUUCCUCAAGAUGUGUUUUUCUUGUUUUUGUUUUUGGAUUGUGGUAUGAUUGAAAUCUUGCUCUCAUUUGUCCUGUCUUGUGUGUACAAAGUGAAUGUCGAGCUUAAAAGUUACAGGCUAUUGAACUAAUUAUGUGGAGCACAGUGUUACAGGCGGCCUGUGUAGCAGUGAAAAGCCCGGUUUCCAACUACUUCAUCCAUCUGCUAGUUUCAGAAUCCGCGUCCGUCCUGCCGGUGUGAAUGUACUGGCCCGUGGGCGUGUUGUUUUUUUUUUUUUUUUCGUGAAUGUACAUUUUCUUGUGUGUGAAUGCGAGAUUUUUUUUUUCCCCUGUCGGUGUGGGACUUUUUUGUCUUCAGCAUUUCUGUUUCUAUAGUUACCAUCAGUGUUUUCAGCCCCCCUUUCUUCCUCUCCCCUCCUCCAAAGCACCAAUUCCCCUUUCCCACCUCAAGCAGCUGUCUCACUCAGCCAAAACCACUUGCUUUUCUGACUUUUGCUUUUUUCAAGAAUGGCUUUUCUUUCUUAUUGCUCUCUCUUUUUUAUUAUAAUUAUUAUAAUUAUAAUUAUUAUUAUUAUUAUUGUAAAGUGUAUCUGGAGGAAACCUUUGUGUAUAAUACUAUAACUAUACUAUUAUAGGUCUGUUACAGCCGGGGUGAAAAGAAAUGUGGAGAACCAGCAGCUGAAUUACCUCUCAUUUCAAACACACAGACACACACACACACACACAAAAAACACCACACACAGACCCUCUCCUUUGCCUCCUCCCUCUUCUUCUCACCCUCUUUCUUGCACUCACACACACACACGCACGCACACACACACACAGAAGGACUGUUGUCUGUACAGUGAUCUGAAGGCGAGCUGGUUGCUCUGUGUGCAGUAGAGUCGGUGUGUAGUGAAGCUUCGUGCACCCAGGGGUAGGGCUGUUCCUGGUCACACGUCUAUCUUACUCUGUGCCAAAAUGUAGUGCAACAGCCGGGCUAGUCCUGUCUGGUCUGAUUCCAAUAAAACACUGAGCUGUCUACAU